AGAAUAUUAGUUCAAACUUUGAACAACUUUAAAAUUUAUUUUCUGAUACAAAAGGGAAAAUUAACCAACCCUAAUAAUUAAUGAAAAAAAACCCUAAUAAUUACAGCAAAAUAAUUAAAUUGGUCUUUAUUCUAUUUUUCAACCCGUUUCCAUUAUCCAACAAGCUGACGUGCAUGUAAGUGGAUCACAUUCGGGUACGAUUCGGGUAAAUAAGAAAUCCGAUCGCCGAAUCACACCGGAUAACAAAAUAAAGUUACAGAAGACAACGAAAAACAAAAAGUAAAGAAAAAAAGCACCGAAAAAAAACUCAGCAUCUCUAUCUGUUUUUUGCCGGCAGAGGGAAAUAAAGAUCGGAAAUGCCAUUGGAGCCCCCACCUUUCCAGGAAGCACCGCGCUGCGACGUCUGCAAGUGCAGCUUCAACACUUUCAGGCGCCGGCACCAUUGCCGAUGUUGUGGGAGGACAUUAUGCCACGAACAUUCAUCUAAUCAAAUGGCAUUACCACAAUUUGGCGUGCUCUCACCUGUUAGAGUUUGUGCAGAUUGUUUCAAUAACUCUUCAGGAUCUGCAAAAGCUGUUCCUGAGCCUUCCUUAGGUGGAGUUGAUUCUGUUACAGAUGAAGUCUCUAGAUUAAACAUUAAUGCAGUUAUGGGUUCAAAAACUGAAGCAACUGCAGAGCAUCCGUCUGUUGCAAGCAUUCCAGAUUGCAAGUGUGGGAUGCCUUUGUGCAUUUGUGAAUCUCCAGCGCCAGCCACUGAUGCACUUCCAGUUAAGAUGAAAAAACCCCCAUCCUCAUUGGCUUUGUCAAAUCCAAAAUCAAAAAAGACUGACACUGGUCCCAAGAGUAGAGGCUCCAGUUCUAACAGCAAAUCUAGUUUGGCCUUCAACCCUGGUCUGGUGACCGAUGGCAUUGUUGUAGAUAAAUCUCAGAUGGCUUAUGAUGUCAAUGGAGAGGGUCUAAGAGAAGCUAUAAAGAAUGGUGAUACCGCUGCAGUCAAAAAGCUUCUAAGUGAGGGUGUAGAUGCAAACUACCAUGACAAGCAAGGAUUAUCGUUGCUGCAUUUGGCGGCGCUGUUCAAUCGAACGGACAUAGUGUUUUUGCUCAUGGACUAUGGAGCAAGCAUGGACUACAAGAAUGCACAGGGAGAAACACCACUGGAUUGUGCACCAGCCACUUUGCAAUACAAGAUGAAAAUGAAGAUGAAAGAAAGUGAGCAACAUGAAAUCAACUAGAUAAGAAUUUGAAGGAAGAUGCAUAAUUUACUCCGUAACCCGAAAUGCAUGAGCUCGACCUGUCAACUUCAAGAAGAAAUUAUUGAGAUAAUGCUUCAUGAUGUCAGUUUCAGCAAGAAAUUAUAUGUAUAAUGCUGCACGUGUAUGUAUUAUAUCUGGUAGACAAACCGUCAAACAGGCUGCUCAACAUAGAGGCUAAAACCAAAUGCUGUUUUUUCAUUUAUUUUUUAUCAAUAAUCAGAAUGCUGUUGUGAGGCAAUAAAAAUUAUUAAAAUGGUAAACUCGUUAUUUUCUGUUACUAUUCUGGUAACAUGUAACGUGUGAGAGAGUUUGAUGGGCCCCUUUGGUCGGUUGAUGAACUAGGCCGUUUUAGUCUUCUUUUUUCCUGUUUUUAUCUUUGGGUUUGUGUUACAUUUUUUUCUUUUCUUUUCGUUUGUGAAACCCAUUAAAUGUUAUACUUCGAGACAUGCUUUUUCAAUGAAACUCUUAAAUCCCUCCUUCUUGUUUAAACUGCUUCAAUGCUUACCAGUUCCCUUCAUUCUAAUCUGGUGCAUAGGCUAUUGACCCUGCCUUUUUUGUAUAGAUAAGAUGGACCGUUGUAUGCUUGGCAUUUGGAUAUGUGUUGUUAUCAAAAU